AUCCCCUCCCAUCCUGGGCAGGUGCCCAGGUCGCCCCGGGCCCGGAACGUUGGUGCCGCGGCGCGCGGGUCGGGGGGGAGGAGUGCUAGGGAUGCACAACGCGGAAGUGAGCCGGGCCGCGGUCAGAUCCGGGGAGGAAGGAUGGAUGAAGCCGGGGGCUGCCGCCGGGAGUCGGGGCUCGUCCCCGCUCCUUGGUCCCUGUGAACGGCGGGAAGGAGCCGCCGGGGACUCGCGCUGUACCCGCCCCGGGGUGUCUGGGCUGAGCUAGGGCGGGAGCCCCAGGCCUAGGAGAGCCAGCCCCCCUGGGGGGGGCGCCUUGGGACAGCGGGGGAGGCUCCGGGGCUUCCCUGGGAGGGAGGGAGGGAUGCUCAGGGCACAAGCUUGACCUGGGAGUCCGUAGGUAGAGAAGCCACCGGGGGGGCUCGGGGUGUCCCGUGCAGGCCGGAGGGGGUCCAGGAAUCCGGGGACCCCUGGCAGUGCGGGGGGGGGGGGCUGAAGGCUCGGGCCCCUGGGAGUGCAGGGAGGGCCCUUGAAGGCUCGGGGCUGGGACCCCUGGGGGUGCCGAGGGGUCCGGUGACAGCUCUGCGGGGAGUCCAGGGGGGCCCUAGAAGUAGAGUCAUGGCCACUCGGCGUUUAACAGACGCGUUCUUGUUGUUGCGGAACAACGCGAUCCAAAACCGGCAGCUGCUGGCCGAGCAACUUGCUGAUGAUCGCAUGGCACUAGUAUCAGGAAUCAGUUUAGAUCCCGAAGCAGCAGUUUGUGUAACAAAGCGGCUACCUCCCAAAUGGGUUGAUGGAGUGGGAGAAAUUCAGGAUGAUAUCAGCAGGAUUAAACAGAAGAUGAAAGAAUUAGCCAGUCUUCACAACAAAUAUUUAAACAGACCUACUUUGGAUGAUAGCAGCGAAGAAGAACAUGCAAUAGAAAUCACUACCCAAGAGAUCACACAGCUAUUUCACAGAUGCCAGAGAGCAGUCCAGGCCUUGCAGAGCAGGUCACGUAAUUGUACAGAACAAGAAGAACGUGUUCUCAGAAACAUAGUGUCUUCCUUAGCACAGUCCCUUCAGGACCUAUCCACCAACUUUAGGCAUGCACAGUCUGACUAUCUCAAACGCAUGAAGAAUCGAGAAGAAAGAGCCAAGCAUUUCUUUGAUACGUCAGUCCCGCUUAUGGAUGAUGGAGAGGACAGUAUUCUUUAUGAUCGGGGUUUUACAGAUGACCAGUUAGUACUGGUGGAACAAAACACAUUAAUGGUGGAAGAGCGGGAAAGAGAAAUCCGCCAGAUUGUACAAUCAAUCUCUGAUCUCAAUGAAAUAUUUAGGGACCUUGGAGCAAUGAUAGUGGAACAGGGUACAGUUCUGGACAGAAUUGACUACAAUGUUGAGCAGUCAUGUGUAAAAACUGAAGAGGGAUUGAAACAAUUACAUAAGGCUGAACAAUAUCAGAAGAAGAAUCGGAAGAUGUUUGUCAUUUUAAUUUUAUUUGUAAUAGUAAUUGUACUUAUUGUUGUUCUUGUUGGUGUAAAGUCACACUAGGUUACAGCUCUAUGAUUUUCUUAUUUUUGUGGGUAUGUAAUUAUUUUUCCUAAUCUGAAUGGAUGGACCUGCAUUCCUGAAAGUUGCCUUUGAAUGUAUAAGCCCUACUGGUACAAAGUCUGUGCAAUGUUUCAGUAGAACUCUUUUCAUAAUACAUGCUUCGGAGAUACCAGAGGUGUUUGUAAAACUUGUACAGAAAAUGCCAAGUCACUUGAUAAUGCUACCAAAUUGGUCAUCCAGUUCUUUAUCCAAACAUAUUUGGAAUACUGUGCAGUAUUUUAAAAAAAUUAUGGAAAAUAAGAGUAGAAGUUUACAAGAAAGUACAAUAAUUAGUACUUCACUGUGUGCAAAAAAGUGUGCUGUUCUUUGUAGUCUUAUGUUGAAAUUUUGUAAACUAUAAAGGUUUUUAUGGGACUAUGAUUUGGAGGUUAAAUGCCUUAAUAGAUGCACAAAAUUCUAACUGUUUGAUUUCACCUACUUUUCUCCAAACUUUAAAAAAAUACAUUUGGAUUGACUAUUAAAAAAGAAACCUCUUAAAACAGAGCAUAAUUAAACCCCUGUGAUCUUAAUUUAGAUUUUGCACCAUUAGUAAUUAUCAAGAUAGUACUUAAGUGUAAAUAGCAAGAGUUAAUCACUGGUAUAAUUUAACACAGUUAAUUUAUAGUUAAUUAAAAUAGCUUCCUAAGCCUAAGUAAUCAUAGGGAUAAUUUUUCCUCAUCAAAAAGAUCAUGCGUGAUAUUUACUAUUGCAAAUUUCUUGGUUAUAUAUUAAGUACAGCUAGCUACAUUAAAAUAGUUUUAAUGGUUUGAGCUAAACGUGCAAUAGAAAGAAAAUUCUCCAUUUAGCCACCUGUAUCCUUCAUCUAUUUCCCCCCAUCAGGUGUCCCACAACAGUGGAUGGUAGGCUGUCUUCACAUACAAGAAGUCCCAAACAUUUACAGUGCAUCUAUCCAUACACUCAACCUAAAUAAGUAUUUCAAUAUGAGUACAAUAUGUAGUGCAGUCAUUGCCCCCGGCCAGACUUUGUAAGGGGCAAGUUUAAGAUGCAGUGUUGACGUACUGGUAUGAGCAUGCAUCAGACCUUUGGUGCAGGAUUUCUGGCUUGCUGUGAUUCUGCAGCAGUACAAUUUGCUGUAGGUCAGGGGAGAGAGAGAAGAGAAAUCUUGAGCAGUGGGAUAUUAAUGGUUUAAUAUGGUCCAAAGUGUUGCACAAUUUUAGCGGCAUUGCUUUAAUAUUUUUAACAAGGCUUUUCUGUAUUGAAUAUUUGGUUUCUCUAAGAGGCUAUAGCUUGUACUAAUGGCACUUUCUGUUCCAAUUUGUGCAAUGGUCUGCAUAAGCUUGCAGUGAUGUUGUGCCCAAAGCCACUGAAGCUCAGGUACACAAUAUAAUGAUUCUAAAAUUGGACAUGGGGGAUUGGGAUCCUCUGUCCAUAUCCGUGCACAGACUCUUGCCAGCUUUCUUCCUGUAAUGGGCCAUGUAUGCCAUCCACCAACCCCUACUUUCUCUAGUAAUGAUGGUAUACAUGGGUCUUCCUUGGCAUACUAAGACGACAUAUUAAGAUAUGGCCCUUUAAAAAGUACUUCUAGCUAUCUAUUUUAUAGAUUUUCCUUUGUUUGACAAGAUCUUCAGUCAUUAAGGUGUUUAAGGUAUCUGUUUACUUGCUGGAAUACUUCAGUGUCAGUUGCAAGUCUCUAGGUGUUAUGUAUGGCAAAUUAAACUGGACAGAUUUACUCUGAUGGAAAGAGAUCCACUAAUGAAGUGGAUAUUUUUGCCUCCUCUCUCCUGCCAACCCCUCUGCUUUCCCCCAUGCCACUGAAGAAUUGGUGUUAGUAGCUGCAAGGCAGAGGAGACACAUGGAUGUCCUUCAUAAUGAUUAGUCACAAUAAUGGGUGUUUUCUCUAUUAAAAAUGGAGAAGAUAUUGCAGGCUAAAGAGAGAAAUCCCUAGCGUGUGCUUAAGUUACUGCCUUUUGCAAGAUGAGUGUGCCAGGGAACUUUCUUGGAACUGGAUUUUCACUUUUUAUUAAUAGUCUCCCUUGGUUGGGAGAAGCAUUUGUCCUUUAUGAAUCAUGCAGAUGAUAGGAGACUAAUGGGGAGGAGGUUUAUUAAAGUAUUGUGACUGACUUUAUGAGGGCAGAACCCUACCUAAUACACAGUAUUUUAUGAAAUGGGAUAGAAUUCUGAGCAAAUAGUUUGCCUACAUGCAGCACCAUGACCCACAGGGUUACACACUACAGAUAUUUUCAGGAUAACUGUGGACUAAUGGGGUUCUUGCUGAUUAAAGUGAGAGCUCAUACUUGGAAAAUGCUUAUUUGAUAUGGAGAAUAGGGCAAAAUAAAUUUACUGGGGGGCUGAAUGGUUCUUUGGAUUGGUGAUGGAAUAUGUGGAGCCAUUCACCUGUAGGUUACUGGGUUGAAAUCCGUUCCAAGUUGGUAACAACAUUUAGUUACCUCCAUCUGAUGAAUAAUUCAUCGCCUAUGUGGAAUAAAGAUGAUAGUUUCAGGCCCAUUUCACAAACUGGCACUAAUUGGCACACUUUGCAAAUCUUAACUGAUAGGCCAAUGAGACUGGACUAUCCUCUGGCCUUGAAAUGUGGGACAGUGUGGGAAUCCAUGCACUGCUUCUACUCCCACUAUUUGUUUUCUGGGUAAAGAGGAGUUUGGUCUCCAGAAACUGCCAGUCUAGACUUUUCACCAGCACUAAAUUCACACACACAAUUUGUAAAAGGUAGAAUAAAAUUCUUUAUUUUUGUAGCUGGUUUGCAACUCCCCAGUGUUGGCAUAGAUCUUUUUAAUGAUUGUGACUACAACUACUGUCUCCUAAGUGUGAUACUGCUAUCUGAAUCAUAUGGUGCAAAGCAGUAAACACUGCUUUAAUUUAAUUUACUGUAUUUGCAACUUUCACUCUAAGAUGUUAUUUAUUUCUGUCUUGACCAGUGCUUUUGUUGUUUUAUUCUAGCUGAUUAAUUUAGACAUAAUAAAACAACAACAUUUCCAAAUUAAUUGGUUAAUUGUUAUUCAUUUUUCUUACAUAUUUAUACUAAAAUAAAACAAUUAAGUACUUACUUUGUUGUUUUUUAAACAAAAAUAAUUGUGUUUGUAGUCUGUCAAAUUUAAUGGAAGCAGUAAUGACAUAGAAGAUCCUGGAAAAUUAGUGUUCUUUUUAACUAAUGUUAAAUCCCAUGUAGCAUGAACACUUUACUAUAUGUAGCCAAAAUUAGGAAAGAAACAGCAUGCAUCUAUAAGUAUUGCUGAAAUGGAAGUAAUGGCCUAACCAUGCUAAAAUGAUAGAAAAUAUUUAACAAAUGUGAACAUUUUAAAUAGAGGUGCACAUUUUAUACACAGUGCAAAUGACAAAGCUCAGAUGCACUGUCUAGCAUAAUUCAUGAUGAGCUAGAAAUUGUUGACGCUGAUGUAUAGUGAUACUGUGUUUAUCUGAGAGAGUGGAUCUUUGAUAGGAUUUUAUUUCCUAUAUCAUUCCAAAUGUCUGAAUUUCAUUAUAAUUCAUCCUAGAUACUUAUUCAGGGCCAAAGCAUAGUUGUUUAUGCAAGGCUGGAAUAAUCUGUCUUUAAUCUCCCGAAGGUUAAAAACGGAUGGUAUUAGCCUUCUAACCCAGGCUGUGGAGCAGCUGUACAGCCACAACAGCCCGUGAGCUGUAUCAGAAGCUGCUACACCUACACAGAGGAUUUGGGCCAUUGGAUCAGCAUAAUCUCAUCGACCUAUUGGCUAUGCCUCUAACCUCCCUUGCAUGCUGUGGAGAAAGCCAAUGCAAUGCAUUCUGUGGCAGGUGGGGUGUCCACCUCUUCCUGGUCUCCAGACACCUCCCUGUCUGUAGUGGAGCCCCAGGAUAUGUUCAGAAUCUGCUGUGGGCACAAAGGGCAGAGUGGGAGAACGUGUUAGGAUUCAGUCCUUGAUGUGGAAAGCUAUUUAACAGAGAAGGCAGACACCUGCAAGAGCCAGCAGAAUAACCAUUGCAAGACUGUUCUCCAAGAAUGCAAGGCUCUCCUUACUUGUCCUGAAUACAUCCCUGGCCUACAGGUCUCCUUGGCCAGCCUAUUGACUUGUAUUAAAAUUCUCCACUUAAAUACAAACAAGCUUACAAAAAUGACCAACUAUAUUUAAGUGUAAAUCAAACUUACUAGAAUCAAACCUCAUUAAAUGUUUGAAAGCUACAAAGUCUUGUAAGCUAAUGUCAAUAGAAUAUUAGGUGCCACUUUGACCCCUCUCUAAAAACUGAAAAUGUGUAAUGAUUCUCCUUAAAACACACAAUGUAAUCAUUAACACCACUUCUAGGCCUCAGGGCCUAAUUGGCAGUGGAAUGAUGACUAAUGAUUUAGUAUUCACUGGGGCUUUUUAAUGUAGGAUAUAAAAAACUGAAAUGUUUGAUACUGGCUGUAUGCACUCUGUUAUGAAACUUUAAUUUUAUCUGUUUUGCUUAACUUUUACAAAUCUUCUGGCUUUCAGUACAGCCAUGCACCCUACAUAAGGAAACAAGAGGUGACAAACAGUUAGCAUUUUGAUUUUGCUAAAGAAAACAUAGUAAAAUAAUUGUAUCUACCAAAAAA